AUGGAGGCCGCUGCCCGGCUGCGAGACCCACAAGCCGAGGCGCCAGAUAGCGUCUUCACGAGCCAGGAGUUGGAGGAGUUGAUCUUGAAGGACAAGAAGGCAUUCCUGAAGACCAAGUGCGCCGAGUGUGGUGGCACCUGUGGUCUUGCGAAGAAGUACAAGGAGACCAUGUCGGUCAUCAUCAAGAGUAUGAUGGACACGUUUUGGUGCCGAGAUUGUGGUCGAGUUGUUUGUGAUGCGCACCGUUACACGCACACCUGCGAGAAGCUGGAUGCUUUGAAGGAGAGGAAUGCGAAGAUAACCAAAGAGGCGCUGCUCGAGCAACUGCGGGCAGAUGAGGAGCGAAAGGAGGCAAUAGAGGCCGCUGCUAAAGAUGAGCAGCGGCGUGCGGCUGAACAACUGGAACAGGAGAAGUCCCAGCGGAAAGCAAAGCGGAAAAUCCUUGCAACAAAGGCAAAGCAGGUCGAAAACUUCAUUCAGCAACGAUCUCGCGACGCUGAUGGGUUGCGGCCGGGCGUGCAUAAUCAGCUGCUGGAGCUCUACCCACGAGUGAGAGGGCUCGCGCUGGCGCUCUACAACCAAUUCGAGCAUCCGGAUAGCACAGAGGUCGGUGGCAAGGACUGGGACGAUGUCAAGGAAAUCUACGCCCAAGCACGUCGCUCCGCUUGA